AUGAGUUGGAAUGCAAAACCAGAGAGUGCUACAAUGCCACCACCAUCAUAUCCUAAAAGCCAGUCAUCAUUUUUGCAGCAAGCUUUAAUAAACCCACUUGCUUCAGCAUCUCAGAGUUCUUUCAACUAUCCUGGAAGUAACCAAGAAACAUGCAUGUAUCCCACUCGUUCUAAUCCUAUUUCACAGCCACUGCUCAACAUAAAAAAUUACACAACUCCUCAACAAAUCUCUGUUUCUGAUAUGCAGAGUGGGACACAUGUGGUCUCCCAAACUUCAGUAGAAAGAAAAGCAUACCCAAAUAUUAAACCCAAACAAUUAAAUCGGAAUUUGCAGAUGUCUUCAGGAGUUACACAAAAUGCGUGGUUGAGCUCACCAAUGAGGAAUCCUAUGCCUUCUCAUAGAGGAGCAACUGUUAUAUCUAAUGAAACUGGUUUUGGAGGUAAUACAUCCAAUAUUCAUACGCUACAGAAUCAAUUUGUAACAUCAGAUACCUAUUCUUUGCAGCUACAAACGAUCCCUUCUAAUUCUGCUAAAGGUCCUGUAACUUAUCAAGGAAAUCAAGGACUUAACCCAUCUUUAUCAGAGCGACAGUUUGACUGGACACAACAAAAUACACCUAAUGGAUUGACAUUUCCAGACUACAGAUUACUUCCAAAGCAACACUGUUAUUCACAGCAAAGCUUUUUGCAUGAUUCUACACUUCAGAAACAAAACCCAAUGCUGUCUGCAAUGUUAGAAGUUAAAAAUAGUCCACUUCCAAGUCCUGCCCUCUACUUUCAGUCACAGCAGAAUGUACCUGUACAGUCAAAUCAAUAUGUUGUUCCUCAAAUCGAUCAUAGACCCCCUCCUCCUACUUCUGAUUGUAGAUACGCAAGCCGGCCUUUGCAAAACACUCAGCAUGUGAGUAAGUAUUCACCUACGGAAGUUCCUCAGAAUCCAGAAACACACUUAACUGAAAUAUUGAAAGACCUUUGUAGAGACUUUGAACAGUGGCGAAAUCCUAAUAAAGGAGUCAACACAAAUGGAAGUUUCUGUAAUUUGAAAGCAAAUGACAAAGUCAGCACAAAUGAAAAUUUUUGUAAUUUGCAAGUAAAUGGCAGUGUAAAUCAGCCUGUUAAUAAACGAGUUAGAUUUCUUGUGGAUGGCGUUCAGACUUUUGGUCAAAAUAAUCAAGGUAAAAAAAUGGAUUCUGGCAACUGUUCAGCCUCAAAUCAAGUACUGGACACAAAUAUCACAAAAGAAGGAUUAGUGAGUGAUAUUAAAGCAUUAGUAGAAAUGAAAAAGAAGUUUUUGGAACUUGCAAGAAAGAUUAAAAUAAACAAAAAGCUUUUGAUGGCAGCAGGUUGUAGUAAAGCAACUAAUACUAGUCAUAGUGAAUCAACUCAGAAUUCUGAAUUGUCUCUGAAACAGACUUCUAAAAUCCAGUCAGGUCCUCCAGUAAACGUAGAGAUUGUAGAGGGUCAGGCAUCGACUGUAAUGAAAUGUGCAGAAGAAACAAACAGAAUACAAUGUACAAUGAAUUCCAGUAUUCAAGAAAUCAGUUGCAGAAAGCUUAAUCAAGACAAGUCUGUUUUACUAAAUUCUAACUGUUCAGAAAACUUGCCAGUGAAAGACCAGUUGCAUGAUCUACAAGCUUCUUUAAAGACAUCAACUGUUGAGAUUAGCAAAACAUUAAAUAAUACCCAGCUUUCAUCAGAGAAUGUUAGAGAUGACAUAAGUCUUCCAGCAGAUUCUGAAACAAUCACUGCUGCUCAGCCUCCGCUUUUGGUGGACUAUGUUUCAAAAUAUCCAAAUAAAAAUACUCUACUCCAAUUUCUUAUGGUUGAAGAUAAAACAUUUAAGAAUAAAUCAGUAAAAAAUGCUAGUGAAACUAAUCAAGAUCUUAAACCAAACAGUUUUGAAAUAAAUCAGAAUUCCCAAAUCACUUGUGAUCCAGCAAAUUUGAAAGCCAUGGAAACUCAGAAUACUUCUAAUACAAAUGCCAAGGUUUCGGACAGGUCUUUUUGUCUUGAUCAUAAAUCUUCAACAAAUGGAAUGUCUUCUCAAAGUGAUAAUCACUGUUCCAUGGAAUUAUUAGCAACAUGUCUUUCUCUGUGGAAAAAGCAACCUUCAGAGCCUACAGUAAAAAAACAUUGUAAUGAAUUGAAAACAAACAGAACAACAGUUGGCAUUUCAAAACCUACAGAAGUCUACAGUAAGAGUCCUUGUGCAGUUCUAGGAAAUUCUCAAAAUAAAGUGUUAAAUAACUCAGAACUACAAACAGCUUCGCCAGUGGCAAUGCAAAAUUUUGAGUCUUCAGGUGCAAAUUUAACAAAGGGACCAGAACUUCAGAUUGCUGUAGUGUCACCUUUAAUUCUUUCACCACAUGUCAGAGCAAUACCUAUCAAGGGAAUAACAUCUGAAGCAUUACCUGACCCAGCAUAUCCAGUUAUUAAAGAAGGCAGUGUUUGUAGCUUACAAGAUCAGUUGGCUGAAAACAUGAGCAUAACUGGUUCUUUGAAAGCUGAUGUUAAUAAACUAGCAUCCAGUACUACAGCAUCAACUAAGAUUUCUCUACUAAUUCAGAAUGAAAAGCAGGAUGAGUCAGCUAAUUGUAAUUCAGAAAGUGUACCUAAUACCAACCAAGAAAAGCAUAUCAAAUCAAAAUUCAAUGUUCAAUCGUCCCAAAAUGAAGAUACCUUAGUCUGCCCAGAUGUGGGUGGUAAUCAGCAAGUCUUGUAUCAAUCAACUGAGAGUACUAUUGUGAGUGAUGAUACAUUUCAAAUUGCCAAUAUUUGUUCUCUUGUGGAAGGUGAUAAAUCUUAUAAUUCCCAAAUAGCAAAGAUACUCAACUCUUCCUCUGUGGAUAAGGUUGAGUCACAGAAACCUUGCCUACCUGAUUACAAAGUGAUUAGUUGUAGACAGCAGAAAGAAAAGUUCGAAAAGACCACAGAAAAUAAAAACUUUAGUUUUCAAAAAGAGAAAAUUGUACAAGUCACAGAUGUUUCUCCUAAAAUAACUGAUCAGUCAGAGUCACUGCCACCUUCAGAGUCAUCAUCAUUGAAGUAUGCUGAAGCAAAGGGAGAAAUUCUAGAGGAAAACAAAUUGGAGUGUAUCAUUAACAAAGAAAGCACAACUAGUGAUACUUACCUUUCAACUGCUGUCCAACAGGAUAUCACAGAAAUUGAUACAUCCUACAAUUAUACUGCCCAAGAUUCUACAAGGAGUGAGAUACUCAGUGAUGAGACAUCCAUCUUAUACCUACAUGAUCAACUGUCAGAACUUUUAAAAGAGUUUCCCUAUGGCAUUGAAGCUGUAAACUCACAUGAAGGUUCUGUGGGCCAACAUGUAGACCGAGUAUUGAAAGUUCAAAAUUGUGAUAAAACUGGUUGUGACUCCAAAGACUUGACAGACCAAAUAAAAAUUACAAUAAUAAGCUCAGAGCAAAUGAAAGAAUUAUUUCCUGAACAAGACGAUCAGCCCAGUGAUGGAGACAGAUUGAUAGAACCUCAGAAGGAAAAGCCUAUCACAAAAGUAGGAAGCCAGUGUGAUCCAAAAGCACAUGCAGAAGGAGAAAGUAAAGAUUCUGUGGUAUCAAAUGUACAGAAAGAUGAUAUUCAUUGCUGUGCAUUGGGUUGGCUCUCUCUGAUUUAUGAAGGAGUACCCCAGUGUCAGUGUAAUUCCAUCAAGAACUUGGCUUCAAAGGAAGAAAACAGGAAAGAUCAGGGUUCCCCUUUGGAGACUAACAGUUGUGAGAAAGGAAAGAAAACCUCCGAUACAGAUGUUCCUGUUGAAUGUAAUAAUUCUCCAGAUAAGGAUCUCAAACCUGCUCUGACUCUGCUGGAUGGGAAAAGUCUUUCUCCUGAAAUAAAAGAAGACAAGAGUAUAAAAGAUACAUGCAAAACAAAACUUAACAGCUUGAUCAAGACAGAAGAAUUACCUGGUCAGUUUUCAUCUAAGUGUGAUAAAAAAUUAGAUCCCUUGCAGAGUCACAAAAGAAAAAGGAAACUUCAGUUUCAUGAGGUAACUUUUCACUCCAGUAGUAAAAUGAUGAAAUUCUGUGAACAAGAUUCUCAAGGGAGUGUGCCAAAGAAACAAAUUGCACAGAAUUCAUGUCCACUAAAAGCAAAGACAGUUAUUUUGACAAAUAAAAAUAAAGAUCCGUACGCAAAGAAUGGUUCUUUGAUACAAUCAAUAUCACCAGAAAAGAUAAAAUUGAAAUUCAAAGCAGGAGGCUCCAGAUACAAACUUUUAGAAGAAAGAAGGUCAGACCGAGGACACAUAUUUGAUAUGGAGAGAAGGAAAAAAUAUGAUAAAAGAGAGCAGAAUAAAAAUAUGGGAAAUUGUUUCAAAUUAUGUAAUUCUUUGUCAAACUCAAAUGAAAGAACUAGUAUUAAAGAAAAGACAGUUUCAAUAGAAGUAAAAUCUACAAAUCUGGAAAUCAAUAUCCACAGAAGUUUAAUGAAAUCUUCAAAUUCAAAUAUUAAGGCUUCAGACUCAAAGGAUGUGUCAUGUAAAUUUAACAGAGUUUUAACAUCGAAGGAAUACUUACAUAGGCAGAAACAUAAAGAGGCAAUGAGUAACAAAGCAUCGAAGCAAAGCUGUGUAAUUGAGAAAAUGAAAAACAUAUCAUGUGAUUCUGAAUACGUGCGGCCCGCUAAACAUUCCAUGCGAGUAGAGAGUUGUGGGAAAUCGAAUGAGAGACAUAGUAGCCUUGUACAGACUUCUAAAGAAGGAUUAAAUAUUUUAACAAGCCAUGGCAAAACCCUCAAAAUCCACCAUUCUGAGGAGUCUAAAAUACACAAGAGUUCAAAGAAUAUUAAAGGAAAAGUUGUUAGAAAGCAACCUGAUAAAAUAUGGAUGGAUAAAACCAAAACAGACAAACACUUAACCAAUAUAAAUAGUGAAGGUGAAUUCAUUCAAAUGGCUCCCCAAGCAAAGGAUCAAAGGAAACGAUAUCUGAACAGAGUUGCAUUUAAAUGUACUGAACGUGAAAGCAUUUCUCUCUCGAAAUUAGAGAAUUCCCCCAGAAAGCCUAUUACUGAUACAGAGAGGAGCCAAGAAAAUAAACCUAAAAGAUUUUUACCUGUGAAAGAUACUUCAGAGAAACCAACAAUGCUGGAGUUUAAGUUAUGUCCAGAUGCUCUGUUUGAGAACACAAAUGGUGAAGAAUGGAAGAAGCCUUCUCCUAGGAAAGAGCAAGCACCUGUACAAGUUUCAGGAAUAAAAAGUACAAAAGAAGCCUGGCUAAAAUGUGUUAAUACGGAGAAAAGGAUGCGGGAAAACAACCAAAAAAUAGAUAACAAUGUUUUGCCUAAAUCAAAACUACCGAAGAGAAGCAUCAGCGCAGAUGGACUUGAGACACUACAAGAUCCAGUAAAAGAUUCAAAAGCAAUGUUUCAAACCUACAAAAAAAUGUACAUGGAGAAGAGAAGCAGAAGCCUUGGUAAUAGUCCUUUAAAAUAA